CUCUAUAUCGCAUCUCUAGAUUCUCUACUUCUCUCUUCAAUGGAGGCGCUUCAGCGCCAGCAUUGGAGCAUCUCCAUCGAAGCCAAGGCCAAUGGUGUGGGUUUCAAGCUCAAGCUAUACCGCAUUCUCCAUUGCUCCAGGCUCUCCUUUCUUCUUCGGAUCCCUAGGUCCAGGUUCUCCCUCAAUUUCAAGCUCAGAACCACACUCUCAGCUUGCGAAAGGAUUGGGAAAUCUAGUUCUUCCCGUUUGUUUGGGAGGCUUUGCCGUUGGAAAUCCAGGAGUAUUGCUAAGAAAAAGGAUGUGCUUUUUGUCAAGAGAUCCAAGCUUGGAAAACCGGAAUGGAGUGCCUUCCGAUUUCCUUUUCAGGAUCCAGUUGCGGCAAUGAUGGGAAGCCUGUCCCUUCUUUUUUACUCAGCAUCAAAGAGAGACCAUGGUGGAAUUGUAAUACAUGGCCUUACCUUCAUAUUUUUUCUGAUGAUAUUAUUGAGAUUCAAGAUGAAGAAAAUACAUUUUUCUUUGGUUUUGGCCAUAACAAUCAUUUCUACCAUUGGAAUUUCUUGUGUCUGUAUGAGUUACCAAGACUGUUUCACAGUAACUGCCAGGAAAUCUGGGAUGAAUUUUAUUUCUGCUGGGUGCCUAUUUGCUCUUUCUCAGCUCGUCAAGCCUACAGAUCUGCGUCCAGUAGGAUUCUAUGCAUCAUCAGUGAAGUUUCUGAUGAAGCGCAAACAAGACAUGCAUAUGAUGCUUAGAGAAGUCUGCAGCGGAUUUAAAAGAAGUUUUAUCGGGCAUUUGAAAAUACAGUGAUACCUUUGUCGGCUCCAAUCACAUUGCCCAGGAGACUCCCAUGAUCCGUUUAUAUGAAUGUGUGAGGUCUACUGAGGGGGUCCUUCACUCCAAGAUAAACCUCUUCUAGUUCUUGGCUUGCCUUCAUCACUGCUACUUCAUUCUCCAUUACUGUUUCUAUUUGAGUUUGAGUGUGGCAUGUGAAUGGAAUAAGAAGAGGAAGAGAGGAUGGUGUUGUGUGAGAACAAUAUGGGAAUGUCAAUUGAUGUUCUCUUCUACAUUGAUUGAUAGAUUAGUCUGGCAAAUAACAUUUGUUUUAUUAGAUUUUAAUUUGCUAAUGAUAUAGAUAUAUAUAUAUAUUAUAUACACAUAUUUAUCAUUUGUGCAACUUA